CAAAAGAAAAAAAAAAAGUUCUUGAUCUGGACCAGGUUGUUAAGGAAUAAGGAACACACAUUAAUUACACAUCAGAAAAUACCUUGAAAAUGGCUCCAGAACUUAGGAAAAGGAAACCAAAGGAAGCUACCAUACCGGCUGCGAAGCCUGCUUCAAAAGCCAAGGUCGAUGCUCCAGCUUCCAAGCGAAAAGCGGCCGAGGAUGCGAGCCCAGUCGCAGCUAAGAAAUCUAAGCCGACAAAAGACGACACCCGAUCCAAAAAGGCGAAAGCCGACCGAUCGACAGAGACGAGGCCCACCAAAAGCGCACGAUCCAAGAAAGUGAGCGAGAAGGUUGAGGAAGAAGCGAAUGGGGAAGAUGAAGAUGCGCAACCACCCAAUGACGAGCAGGACAACGCUCAAGCUCUAGCAAAGAUCAUUGACAGCGACGAUGAGGAUGAGGCUGUAGUAGAUGCCGAUGUCAUAUUUCAGGAAGGGCAGGAUGUAGGCGAAAUCCCGCAAACAUCCAAGAAGCUAUUGAAGUCUUCCAAAUCGGAAGAUGACGAGCGUGGCGUUGUCUACGUCGGCCGCCUACCUCACGGUUUCUACGAGCACGAGAUGCGCUCUUACUUUUCCCAAUUUGGUAAAAUUGAGAAAUUGCGAAUGUCGAGGAACAAGAAGACAGGAGCGAGCAAACACUUCGCAUUUAUCGAGUUCGCCGAGGCGCCAGUGGCAGAGAUCGUCGCGAAGACGAUGGAUAACUAUCUACUAUUUGGUCGGGUACUGAAAGUGAAGAUUGUUCCUAAGUCGCAAGUCCACGAGGAUCUCUGGAAGGGCUCGAACAAACGCUUCAAGAAGGUGCCGUGGAACAAGAUGGCUGGUAAUCAAUUGAAGAAGCCGUUGUCGGAAUCUACGUGGACGCAGAAGAUCACGAAGGAAGAGAAGAAGCGCAACGAACGAGCAAAGAAAUUGGCGGAUAUGGGGUACGAAUUCGAAGCACCCCAGAUCAAGUCUGUUGACGAAGUGACAAGAGACGCUCCCGCGCUCGAGUAUGCUGAAGAGACGCCGAAAGCUAUUGAAGCGGCACCCGAAGCCCCCGCAGCUGAAGAAGAAGCGAAGGAGUCAGCCGUCGAGGUACCUACCAAGGCAAGCAAACAAGAUACUACCAAGACCACUAAAAAGGGGAGGAAAUCAAAGGCGAAGAAGGCGGCUGCAUAAUGGGUUUCAGGCGUUUCUUUAAUGGUUUAUAAUCAAUUGACGAUACUUCCUCUAUUCAAAGAGGCCCCUAACUUGAUCGUCGAGUUUAUGAAUCGUGCGCAAUGUUAGUGAUGCUAGCUUAAGCCCACUAUUUCCUGCUUCUACUAGGCAUUAGUUCACGUAAAUAUUCGUUAUGUCUGCACAUAGCGAACCCGUUGUACUCGUAGAAUAAUUCAAGCAGACAAUGGGAUUAUAAAGGGCAAUUGUCAUUCUACUUCAACCGGAUGAAUGAACCAACCAUUUAAGCUUCAUAAAUUAGCCUAGGUAGCUUCGAUUUUGAAAAGAUCCA